UUGGUCGAGCGCUGAAUCUGGGCAGGACAGGAAACGGGAGGCGAGGCACGCGCAGCAAUCUCCGUUCUCUGGGAGAGAGAAUGGGAGAGGAAACCGAAAUGUGUCAAUAGAAGACUGGUAGAAUGAUAUCGGGCAAAUGAAUAAUUUGCCUUUUUGGUAUACAUACCGCAGUGUUCAGCACCAGGGACGUGGGAUAUUUACCUUUAACAUUCUUAUAAAUAAUUAUCGGCUGUUUUCAUUACAUAAAAUAAUUGCAGAGCUCUUCGCCGCUGGCAGAUAUGGAGCAGGUAUCAGAUGAUGAGUUGGACCAUGCUGCUGAAGAAGACAGCGAUAAGGAGGACCAGGAUCUGGACAAGAUGUUUGGCGCCUGGUUGGGAGAACUGGACAAGCUCACAGAGAGUUUGGAUGAUGGGCAUCCUGAGAAAAUGCAGAAAGCUCCUCUCAGACAGGAAACAAACCUUGCCAACUUCUCCUACCGUUUCUCUAUGUACAACAUCAACGAAGCCAUUAACCAAGGUGAGACAGUGGACCUGGACGCCCUCAUGGCUGACCUGUGUUCAAUAGAACAAGAGCUCAGCACUAUCGGCAAACCCUUGAGCAAGACCUCAGAUGGCAAAUCUAGACCAAGACCCACAGGCCGCUCGGCCAGCACCAAACACACCGGAGGGGGCAGCAGUGGAGGAAGCACCAGCAGCAGCACCAGAGCUUCUCCUGCUUCCACCGUAUGCGGUGGCAGCAGCCAGUCACGGCCCCUGGCCUCCAACAUCUCCCUGGAAGACAUUACCGCUCAGCUAGAAAAGGCAUCCCUGAGCAUGGACGAGGCAGCGAGGCAGACUUCUGAAUCUUCCUCCUCAUCCUCCUCCUCAUAUUCAUCUGCAACUUUGUCUCACCCGCCUUCUAACACACAUCAUCGCCGCACAGGAUCGGUUGGUACGGUCAGUGACCAGGAAGUGCGCUCGAUCGGUCAUUCGUCCAGGUCAAGCAUCAAUUCUGCCUCGGCAUCCAGCAUGGACUCACUGGACAUUCGAGGGCAGGAGAAUGAGGUUCAGUCACAAAAUCAGAACCAAAGCCAGACUAGCACAGAGCAUGUCUCACUGCGAAGGGCCAAUGGUAAAGCUACCAGACGGCAUCUUGACUUCACCUCACAGGAGGGGGAGGUGGAUCAAAGUACUCACUCGUAUCUGGACAGGGAGACCUCUCUGAUUCUGAAAAACAUUGCAGGAAAACCCUCUCACCUGCUGACCAAGGAGGAGCAGGCUGCCAAAGCGAAGGCUGAGAAAAUCCGUGUGGCACUAGAGAAAAUUAAAGAAGCCCAGGUGAAAAAGCUGGUGAUACGUGUACACAUGUCAGAUGAGAGCUCAAAGACCAUGAUGGUGGAUGAGAGGCAGACGGUCAGGCAGGUGCUGGACAGUCUGCUGGAUAAAUCUCACUGCGGCUACAGUCCAGACUGGGCUCUGGUUGAGACCAUACCUGAGCUACAGAUGGAGAGAAUUUUUGAAGACCAUGAGAACCUGGUGGAGAACUUGCUCAACUGGACCAGAGACAGUCAAAACAAACUCAUGUUCAUUGAACGGAUUGAAAAGUAUGCACUUUUCAAAAAUCCACAGAACUAUUUACUUGGGAGGAAGGAGACCUCUGAGAUGGCAGACAGAAACAAGGAGGCACUGCUGGAGGAAUGUUUUUGUGGAAGCUCAGUGUCUGUUCCUGAAAUCGAGGGAGUGUUGUGGUUGAAGGAGGAUGGCAAAAAGUCUUGGAAGAAGCGCUACUUUCUUCUGAGGGCAUCUGGCAUCUAUUUUGUGCCGAAGGGCAAAGCCAAGGCUUCAAGGGAUUUGGUGUGCUUCCUGCAGUUGGACCAUGUUAAUGUUUAUUAUGGUCAGGACUACCGGAGCAAGUACAAGGCCCCCACUGACUACUGCCUGGCCCUCAAGCACCCUCAGAUCCAGAAGAAGUCACAGUAUAUCAAAUACUUGUGCUGUGAUGAUGUCAGAACUCUACACCAAUGGGUCAAUGGCAUUCGUAUUGCUAAGUAUGGGAAGCAAUUGUAUGUGAACUAUCAGGAAGCCAUGAAGCGCACAGAGGCUGCCUAUGACUGGUCUUCUCUCUCCAGCACCAGCAUCAAGUCGGGAACAAGCUCAGUCAGUAUACCUGAGUCACAGUCAAACCACUCUAGCCAGGCAGACAGUGGUAUGUCAGAUGGUACUUCAUCCUCCCAUGCCCGCUCCCAGAGUGUAGUCAGUUCAAUCUUCUCUGAGGCCUGGAAGAGAGGGACACAAAUAGAGGAGAGCACAAGGGCAAGGCCAGAAUCAAUCCGUUCUACCCAUUCAAGCCAUAGCAGCCAUUCUUCUCAUCAUGUGCCUCAACAGCAGCAUUCACAACCACAGCAACAGCCACAUCCAUAUUCAAUUCCACAGUCACAUGGAAGUGUCACCCAGGCACUGACACAGGCACCGAUUCAGGCACAAGUACCACCCCAUGCAACUCCAGUCCCACCACCACCUCCUCCACCCCUUCCUCCUCCUAUUUCCAAUAUCCCCCACCAUGCCACACCUACAAUGUUCGCCAAAUACAGCACUAUCACUCGGCUGCAGAAUGCCACUCAGGCCACAAUUCACCACAAGCCUCAGCCUCAAGUCCAGCAGCAAGUGCCACCUGUCCCACUGGCCUCCAAACCACAAUCAAACAAUAUUCCACCAGGGGCUAACAUCCCACCCCCUCCUCCUCCACCUCCACCUGCCCCAAUGCCUCCACCUGGAUCAGCCAUGGCUGUUUUGAAACUUGGUCCUCCAGCCCCAGCAACAGUUCUUCAGUCCUCCCCUCCUCCUUCCCCCUCACCUCCACCACCUCCACCUCCCAUAAUGCCCAUGCAGUCACAGCCUCUACCACCUCCACCUCCCAUAAUGCCCAUGCAGUCACAGCCUCUACCACCUCCACCUCCCAUAAUGCUAAUGCAGUCAAAGCCUUUACCACCUCCUCCUCCCAUAAUGCCCUUGCAGUCACAGCCUUUACCACCUCCUCCUUCCAUAAUGCCUGUGCAGUCACAGCCUUUACCACCUCCUCCUCCCAUAAUGCCCAUGCAGUCACAGCAUUUACCACCUCCUCCACCCAUAGUGCCAAUCCAGUCACAACCCCUGCCACCUCCUCCACCCAUAGUGCCAAUCCAAUCACAACCUUUCCCACCUCCUCCACCCCCUCUUCAGGCUAAUGGCCUUACCCCUCCUGCACCAACCUUUACAGUGCAGGCACGUUUCAUAUCCAAUGGACACAAGCAGGUCCUUGCCCACAAAUUUCGCAAUGUACCCCAGGAUGUAAUACCACCAGCCAAUCAGAUCCAUUCACCUCCCCCUCCUCCCCCUCCACCACCACUACCAUCAGCACCUACACUCCCUCCUCAACAGCAUACAGCUCCAAAUCCACCACCACCUCCAUCAGCUCCCAUGCAGCUGCCAAUUCAUCCUGCAGUUUUGCCCAAAACUUUCACUGGUGGAUUUCCACCCCAGACAGCACCAAAACCUUUGUAUGGCAUUCUUCCAGUAUCCCCAGUAGCUUCAUCACCUCAAACUCCAGCACCACCACCACCACCUCCCCCACCCCCACCUCCUCCUCCUCCACUUCCAGCACCAUUGAAGAACCAACCCCCACCUACACUACCCAAGCAACACAGCAUCUCCAAGACACUACCCUUCUCCAGCCAAACCUCAUCAGUGCCAUCUCUGGUUAAGCAGCUUGCUAGCCAGUUUCCUGUUGCAUCUCCUGCAAUGACCAAUCAAACUGAGUCACAAAGUCACAAAACUCCUCAGUCCCCACCUGCUGAACUUUGGGGUUGA